GCAUUCGUUCCCCAAGCGAGCUCUCGCUCCCGUCGCUCAAAACCCCAAUCCCAAAGGGACCCUACCCGCCUUGCCGCCGCCAUGGACGCCGCCGGCGAAGAAGGCGGCAUAACGUACGGCCAAGUCGAGCAAUGCUUCCACGCCAUGGAGGGCCCGUCCGCGCAGGAGCGCAUCAAUUACAUCGUCCCGUUCCUCAUCUCCCUCCUCCCCCCGCGCUUGGUCCCCGCCCCCGACGACGCGGGCGCCACCGACGACUCCGACGACGAGCGCUUCUCCCUCACAUCCUCCUCCGACUCCGAGGUCCCUGAAGCCGGCGCAGACUCCGCCACGUUCCCUCCGGCGGCGCCGGGCGACGACGAGGACCACAUCAGCCGCCUUCCAGACGCGCUCCUCUCCGACAUCAUCUCCCGCUCCCGCCUCCCCACCAAGGAAGCCGCGCGCACCGUCGUCCUCUCCACGCGCUGGCGCGACGUCUGGGCCGCGACCCCGCUCCUCGUCGACGAGGCCCACCUUGUCGGUGCUGACGGGCCCCGCGACAUCCCCAUCGUGCGCGCGGUGUCGCGCUGCGUGGCCGCUCACCCGGGCCCCGUCCGCAGCGUGCGCAUCACCCGCGUCUCCUUCUACCACCACGAGUACGCUCUCCGGCGCCUGGUCGUGGCUCUCGCCGCCAAGGACGUCCAGGACCUCAUCCUCUUCAACCGCCCGUGGCCACUCGACAUGCCGCUGCCCGACGACAUCCUACGCUGCGCCUCCCUCGAGCGCCUCUACCUCGGCGUGUGGCUCUUCCCGAAGAUCACUGCCACGCGCCCGCUAGCGUUCCACAAGCUCCGCGAGCUUGGCCUCUUCCACUGCAUUGUCCGCGAUGAAGAACUUGACGCCGUGCUCGGGCACUGCCCGAAGCUGGAGGUCCUCUCCCUCGUCAUGUCGUUCCAAUCCCCGUCGCGCCUCCGCGUCGGGUCCCGCAGCCUCCAGGUCGCGGUGGAGUGGAUGUCCACCCUCGACGAGAUCGUACUCGAAGACGCCCCCUGCCUCGAGCGGCUGAUAUUCCAGACCAUUGCCGAAAGUAGGCCCAUCAAGAUUGUUCGUGCGCCCAGGCUGGAGGUGCUCGGGUUCCUUGACCUCAACCUACACACGCUCGAGAUUGGCGGCACUGCAAUCAGGGCCGGGAUGAACGUGGGGGCCAGGGCCAUGGUUCCAAGCUUGAAGAUAUUAGCUGUCAAGGUUCAGUUUGCACGGAACCAGGAGGCCAAGAUGCUGCCCACCCUACUGAGAUGCUUCCCUCGCCUGGAGACACUGCAUAUCAUGCCCGUCCUAUCUAAGUCCAACGACAGCGCCCAUGACUUGGAGUUCUGGGAAUCCCUAGGUUCUUGCGAGUGCCUCGAAUCACAUCUGAAGACGGUCGUGCUCCAUGGACACCUGAUGCAGAACCACGGGGUUGGGUUCAAGAAGUACAUUACCAGGGAGGGGAAGGCGCUCGAGACUGUGAUUGUUCUUUGCAGAGAUGAGAUGACGAGAGACUUGAGCUCAGCUUCCCUUGAUGAGAGGAAUGUAGCAUUAGGUGGUGGAAGAUGUGAUGUUUCUUUUUGCGUUGUCAACAGUCCCUGGAGCUUCCAAAAUGCCAGUGAUCUGGCAUUGCACGACCCCUUCUGCGUGGUGAGGGCUGAGGCAUGACCGCAUGAGGUGGCGUGCUGGUUUUGUGUCUGAUGCUGGUGCUGGUGCUGGUGCGUUAUCAUUAGUUCAUGACACGUUCAUAGGUUUGUGUUAUUACAGUUCUUCAGGAGUUUGUAGUGAACUCGAUCAGCAUGGAGAGACACAUAAGCAUCAAGGUCUGUAUGCCAGUUUAAUUCGUAGGAUUCUGGGUUGUGGUUAUUUUGAGAGACAAAUUAGGAUUCUGAAUGAAUUCAGCGAGUACCUUUUCUGCA